CAGCUGACGAAUUGAUAGAAUGUUUUUAUUUACCAUAUGCGAGAGACUUCAACGGAGCGCCGCAUGUUAAGUGAUGUAACAAAAUUAGAAAGAAUGGAAUAAUUGUAGCCUGUACAUUAGCUUCGUAUAGCGGAAAGGCGAACGUCUCAAAGAAGAACCAUGUUCAAAAGGGUUGUGGUUGGAGUAUCUGGUGGCGUGGACAGUGCAGUUACCGCAUAUUUACUAAAAAGUAAAGGAGAUUGCUCAGAACAUUCCAUCGCCAGAACGGAGAAGUUUUUGAACAAAGCCGAAAAAGCUGCCGUAUGACCUAUUAGGUUCAAAGAAUGUGCUGCACAAGGAACAAAAACAGCAUCAACAGCUGAUCAAAUUGAGUGAAUAGUUCAAUUAUGCCCAGAAUGUUGACGUUGUGUUUAGAGCCAAUGAUUCCAUCUGUUCCUCUGAGCUUGAGUUUGAUUAGACUGUACACUUCGUAGUUGCUCUCCGUGAUUGACCUGAACCAGCGAAAUUGCACAAAGAACACACCGAAUGGCGCUUGGGAGUAACAAACCAUUUUCAUUGUACAAGUUUUGGUGAUUCGAACUUUAAAUAGUUGAUAACGACGCCGGCCACAUCCUAUCAGUCACCAGAGGGAAGGGAAGGAAUUUAGUGUGAUAUUCACCACCCGAAGGGUACGAUGUGCGGGGAGCGUUCAUGAAAAACUGGGAUCUGAUAGACGAAGCUGGUUACUGCACAGGCGAGCAGGACUGGUUAGACGCCCAAAAGCUGUGUCGUCGUCUUGGCAUACCCUUGGAACAGGUCAAUUUCGUGAAGGACUAUUGGCUGGAGGUAUUCGGGAGUUUUCUUAAGGACUACGAAGCUGGUAUUACGCCAAACCCCGACAUACUCUGCAACAGGCAUAUUAAGUUUAAUUUAUUCUACAAAUAUGCCCGCGAACGAAUGGGAGCAGAUGCGAUAGCGACGGGUCACUACGCUCGGACAAAUUUUGGUCCGUUUUUAGAAAAAUACAAUGACCCACAGCAAGUUCGCCUGUUGGUUGGUACCGAUGAUAUAAAGGAUCAAACGUUCUUUCUGUCCCAAAUAAGUGCCGAAGCUUUACGUCGUACCAUGUUCCCGAUCGGGGGAAUGAAUAAGUCUAAAGUAAAACAAAUAGCUAUUGAGGUCGGCUUGGAGUUUUUCGCUAGGAAAAAAGAAAGCAUGGGUAUUUGUUUCGUGGGGAAACGUAGCUUCCAAGAUUUCAUAGUGGAUUACAUUGAUACGAAACCGGGUGACUUCGUAGAUUUUGACACUGGCAAAGUGGUGGGUAGGCACAAUGGAUUCCACAAUUGGACUAUUGGACAGGGAGCGAAAAUAGCGAGCUGUUUGCAACCGUAUUACAUAUUCCAAAAGCACAUCGAGAGUAACAAUAUUUACGUCGUAUCGGGACACGACCACCCUCUUCUCCUAACCGACAUGGUGUAUGCUGAGUGUCCCAUUUGGAUAAAUAGACCUGCCGAACUGAAGACUGGCAUUUGGCGGUGCCAGUUUAGGUUUCAGCACACAAAACCUUUAGUGGAUUGCAGUGUAGUUGAAACUGGUCACGAGCGACUAUUCGUCAAGCUAGAUAGGUCAUUGCGUGCCAUAACGCCGGGACAAUAUGCUGUGUUCUACAAGAAAGAUGAGUGUUUCGGGAGUGCCAGGAUUGUUAGACCUGGACCAUCGAUGGUAUAUAGCUGACUGUCCUAGAAAAGAAGCGAAUUUCAAUAAAAUGAUUGUAAUGUAAAAUGUGAAGAGACUCAACACUGAAGGCGAUAUUUUACUUUUAAUAUCACUGAAUUGAAAUUACUUAAUGACUUUUUUUUCUCUUCUUGAAAAUGGUGUUCUUGGACCUCAUGACACACAUCGUGCCCGCC